AUGGAUACUACAGCCGAAAAAGGCUCUCUCAGUCGACAUGGGGCUGACAAACUCAAGGAUGAGACCACUCUGGACGAAACCGUUGAAGUUCCUGGCUAUGAUGCUGGUCUUCACUUUGAACCAGAAGAGGUUCGGAAGGCCUUAUUGAAGGUCGAUUUUCUCAUUCUGCCCCCCAUCGUGCUUUGCUUCUGCUUUCUACAGUUUGACCGUUCAAACAUCGGCAACGCCCUGACUGACAGCCUGCGGAGAGACAUCAACGUCGGAAACACAGAAGUCAACCUGGCACAGACGCUGUUUACUAUUGGUUUUAUCAUCACAGAACUGCCUUUCAACAUGAUAAGCAAAUAUAUUGGACCCGAACGAUUUCUCCCUAUCACCAUGUUUCUCUGGGGUACUGUGACAUGGUCACAAGCUUUCAUGAAGAAUGCAAAAGGCCUCUGCGCAACACGUUUCUUUAUUGGAGCACUCGAAGGGGGAUACAUCCCGGGCUUUGCUCUUUAUAUUUCGAAAUUCUAUACAAACCAAGAACUUGCAUUUCGGUAUGCUAUUUUCUGGGCUGCAAAUAGCUUUGCUGGGGCGCUAGGUGGCCCCUUAUCGAUUGGCCUACUCGCAUUUGGUGGAAGAGGCGGAUUGGGUGGAUGGCAAUGGCUUUUUCUCAUUGAGGGAGUCUUGACUUGUGUCUUGGGCAUCUUCGCCUACUUGUAUUUCCCCCACAAUGCGGCUCGACCAAAAUCUCUAUUCGGCAAAUCGUGUUCACUUUUCACCCCUCGGGAGGCUUCUAUACUCGUUACUCGGGUAAUCUAUAAUGAUCCGACGAAAGCACUCAGAUACGGAAAGCCGGUCUUACCGUCACAUAUCUUGGAUACGUUUAGUGAUUGGAGAUUGUAUGGCCAUCUUGUGGCCGCAUUACUAUCUAUGGUCAUGAUAUCGCCGAUGAAUACCUAUGCGCCUUCAAUUAUCAAGUCCCUAGGAUUUACUUCCCUUCAGGCAAAUGGUCUUAACUCCGUGGGAAGCAUAUGUGCAUUGAUCUGGUCCGUGUCUCUUGCAUUUAGCAGUGACAGGCUCCAAGAGCGUGGGUUUCAUAUCGCUGUUGGAUACUUGUGGGGAGCCAUUGGUCUUCUCUGGCUUGCACUAGCGCCAGAAAAUGUCGAGAAAUGGGUACUCUACGGUGGGGUCGUCUGGACUCAAAUGGGAAUGGGAAGUGCACAGGCUAUCAGCGCAGCCUGGCUUACUUCCAAAAUGCAAGACUACAAGCGUCCAGUUGCUUUGGCUGCGUAUGUCAUAUGUAUCCAACUGGCGAAUUUCCCCGGAAAUCAACUAUUUCGCACGCAAGAUGCACCUCGUUACAAGUACGGCUUGACAGUAGCUGCUUCUUGCGCUAUUGCGGCCACUGUGGUUAUCCUGGUCUGGAAAUUGCUGUACCGUUUGUUCGACGAUGGAGACGCUGGUGUGGAGGCGAAGAAUAGAUCUUCUGAAUAUUGUGAAGCGCGCUCUGGCGUAUAG